UCUUAAAAUAUUAAAUCAAAAAUGUUAAAAAUAACAGCAUAGAUUCUUCAGAAACUAUAUUUAGGAAUUAAGGAUCAAACUAAACCUGUACAUUCAUACUAUGAACAAUUUGAAGUGAAAUUUUCAUUUUAUUAUCAUGCAUCUGCCUUUCUGACACCUCAGCUCACCCUCUGUGUGCCUAAAUCCUUUGGUUAUCACUGCAAAAGGAUAUAAGGAAAUUCCCAGGAUAUGCGGAUAAACGUUCAGCGUGGCACCAAAGCAAGCACUUACAUCCUUAUAAGUCUAAGUUUGUUUCACUUUCUGUUUUGUUUUAAUAUAAGGUUCAUCGAAUGUUUUUUGUUUGGAGUUUUAGGGAAUGUUGCUGUACUUUUGAGGUGUACAGUAUGAGCUAGUUACUAUACAGUCAUUCUUAGCAAAUUAGCACAAACGUCCAAAGUAUGUUAUUCAGUGACAUUCCAGCAGCAUUGUAAUGUUGCUGGAAUGUUGUACAUGAAAUUUAUGGGAAUGUUUUCAAAAUGUUCCAAAAUGUUAUUUGUUUUAGGUUUAGGUUAGGCUGUAGUUUUAGGGAACGUCACUGUAUAACAUUCUCUUUAAUAAUGUUCCUAAAUAUAUAAUCUAGUAUAUUCUCAGAAUGUUAGAACAUAAUAUUCUCAUAAUGUUGUUAAUUAUUUACCUCCAUAACGUUUUUAGUGGUUUUUAAGGGCCGAUGGAUAUUCCCCUUUUUCGGCACCCUGGGAUUCCCACUGACAGGAAUUCAGUGACAUUAUUUCUUUUUGAUACAGUACAUAGACCUGCACGCACAUGUUACAAGCAGGUGGAGUCUAAACAGCGGCAUGUGACCUUCUCUAAAGGUGUGCUCUGAAAGAAAAGCACUUUCAACCACGCGUGCUAUGAUACAUGUUACACUGUGCCUCUGUGCCAGCGGUGUGAGUUUUGGAUAGGUUAACCACAGGAUAUGUACCAUGGAGCUAAAUGGUAUACUGAGUGGAGAACAGAUUGAUGUUCUCUCUACGGUCUAUAUAGUUUUGCUCAUUCCCAGCAUCAUUGGGAGUUUUUCUGUCCUGGUGGUUUCGAUUGUGAGGUGGAGGCAAUUAAAUCAACAGGUGCACCUCCUGGUCCAACUCGCCCUGGCGGACCUGCUGGCUGCUCUCAUCCUGAUGACGACAAGUGUCAUGAACAAAGUCAACACUGAUGACAGCGCAGCCGUCUGCAAAUACAGCCUGCCGCUGUCUCUGACAUUUUAUUUAAUUUCCUUCCUGCUGGUGGUGGUUUACGCGUGGCAUUCGAAGAACGCGAUCCUCGGGUGGAGAGCGAGGCCUCCGGAGGACGAGGUUGCACAGAGUCAGUGUAGAAGGAGGAUAGUAAACGCGCCUGUGUAUGGUCUGGUGUGGCUGGUCCCCAUUACAGUAUACUUAGCCUAUGUGUUCAGUCCCUUUGUGAAAAACACUUGGCAAAGUGAUCUUCCUGAAGAGGCCAUGAACGUAGUUCUGCAGAACAGCAGCAGUAAAUACUGCACCAGUUGUGUUUUGUUCUUGCAUUUCUGGAGAGACUCCUGCUCUGAUGCUGAGAUAAUCCAUGACAUGCUGAUGAGAGGAUUUGUGUUCUUUGUUGUGAUACUGGUCAUGCUCUCUUGCUCUGUCAUUUACUUUAAGGUCGGUAAAUGGUAUGAAAGCCACCAGCAUCUGGGUCUGUUUCCUGUGGAGGGCGACGGACAAUCAAGGAAAAGAUCUAAAAGCAUUUGUUCGACGGCGCGGAAUAUGGUGAUAGUCAUCUUGUUCUGCUGGACACCAGUACUUUUCCUCAUCCUGCUCUCAACCCUGAUGAUUUGGACGAAGGUGGAGCAGCGCAGCCUGUUUGGUCUUUACAUGAUACAGGCUGCCAGUGUUUCCCUUCAAGGCUUCCUGAACAGCAUGGUGUAUGCGUGGAAACGGCCCAACUUCAAGGAGGCCGUGCUCGGGGAGAACACGCCUCUGGUGGCGUACGAGCACCUGCCCUUUUUUGAUGAGUCACUGAAGAGCUCAUCUGACUGUGGACUCGCUUGAACUGCGGCGUCCCGUGAGACUGUUGUGCUGUGACUGACAGCAUGACUUGCACACUUGAUUACGGUCUAGACUGAAACAUACUGCAAAAGGUUAUUAUUUGUCAAACGAAGAUGAAAAGAAAACAGAUGAAAGAAAGCAGACAAACAAGAACAACAGUGAAUGAUUGUAUAAUGUUUAUGUCAAACACUAAAAGGACUUUUUGAAAUGUUCAGUAUUUAUACAGUAUUUGUGUUGUUGUGUUAUUCAAAUAUGUCAUAAACAAUUUUAGAAUUAUUUAGCUUUAUGAAUUUCAUGAAUUUUAUUUUAUGCAUUUAUACACUUUCAUAUUGUGCUUUGAAUAGUUUUGCAAUUGUUGUCCAGCUGUUGUUAUCCAACAUUCAGUGAAGCGUGAGUGUGUGUGUGUGUGUGUGUGUGUGUGUGUGUGUGUGUGUGUGUGUGUGUGUGUGUGUGUGUGUGUGUGUGUGUGUGUGUGUGAGGAAUGCUGAGCUGAGAAUGCAUAAAAUGCUCUGCUGCCUGUCGCAUUUAUGGGCUUUUGCAACUGAAACCGCACAAAAGCCGUGUCAGAUAAAGCGCGUGUGGAACCUCUCACCUCUUUCAAAUGUUCACAUUUACUCAUGUUGCAACACAGAUUUCACAGAAUUUCAUGGGGACAAAGACAUUAAACUCUUUUUUCUUUCA